GGAUCCGUGCACGAUUUUAUUUGAAAAAUGAUACAUGACGCUCUUCUAGUUUUGUGGGGUUGCACUCAAGCUCAAUUUGAUAAAACCAAUGUAUUUUCAAACCAAGGCGAUGCAGAAUUUUAUGGACGAAUUUCCGAUGUUGCAAAGAGCCACUAUAAAAUUAAAAAUUACGUGGCAGCCACCGGUUUCCAUGCACGCAAAAUUAAAUCAGCUACUAGUUUAAAAUCAAAUGGUCUCUACACACAGGCGUUAAGUGAAGGAAUAGCGGAUGUACUUCAAUCGUACAAAAAUACUUUAGUAGAAGUAGAAGGCCUUGUUAUUGGGAAUCAUAGCUAUACUUUAGCUUUUGUGUACAGCUAUGUGGAAAAGUAUAGAAGUCUUUUUAAUACGUUAAAUCGUAUAAUAACUACGAUUAAAGAGAGAGACCUAAGGGGAUGUCAAAUUUUGGAUUUAACUCAUCAGUAUAUUUUGAAUGGAAAUGAAAUGGUGCACGACGCUGUGUUACAAAUUUUCUCCAACAUAAACAAAGUAUUCAUCAACCAGCUCUGCACAUGGAUGUUAUAUGGAGAACUAAGAGAUCCCUACCAAGAAUUUUUCAUAUCUCACAAUUUGAAGCAUGACUCUUGUGACACGUUGUUCUCUUCACCAUCUACAACUAACACCGGUGAUAAAUCACUUGUGUCUACCCUCCAAGACACAAUAAUGGACUGUGGAUACAGCAUCAACGCAAUCAUGAUACCGCAUUAUAUACCACUGUCUUUAGUCCAAGAGAUACUAUUUAUUGGUAAAACAGUUAUAUUGUUUGGUUUCGACCCUCGUAAAGUGAAGAGGACUAGUUUUUUUAAUAAUAAGUCACUAUCACCGUUACAGAAAUUUGGAACUGAUACUAGAAGAUUUACUAUCUGGGAAGAAAAAGAGGCGGAGUUUCACGACAAAUUGGAGAAACUAAAGAAUCCAGAUGUGUUUGAAGUUUGUAAUUUGAGAACUGUCGUUAGAGAAAUAAAGGAAUGUGUUACGAAGCAUCUAUGGACAGUAGCGGUAGAAGAAGCCCAGCUAAUUCACGAACUGAAGCUGUUGAAGGAUUUCUACUUACUCGGACGCGGCGAACUAUUUCUCGAGUUGCUAAGACUUACUGCUCACAUGCUCGAUAAGCCAACGACUAGGACUGGCACUAGAGAUAUGAACCACGCUUUCCAACUUGCGGCGAGAGCAGUUUUCCUGAGCAAUAACAUAGACAUAGAGAAGUUCAGCUUUGAACUGCCCUAUGUGAAGCCUGAAGUGUCUACUAAUUCUUCUAUUGAUGAGGAUAGCAAUUUAGUGGCUGACGGUUGGUCCAGCAUAAUCCUGAAGUACGACUUUAAAUGGCCACUACACUUGCUUUUCACGCCAGAAGUCCUGGCGCGGUACAACGACAUGUUCCGACUUUUGUUGAGAAUUAAGAAGACACAGCAUGAUCUGCAUGCUUUAUGGAAGACUUAUAAACAGUCAGCGAGCUUCAUUAUGUGUCAACUACACAACAAGUUAAUGUUUCUGAUGGACAACCUCCAGCACUACAUGCAAGCUGACGUAUUAGAGACCAACUUCUCCCUCUUCAUGGAUGCGGUGAAUAAAACGAACGACUUCGAGAAACUGAAGAAAGCCCACGCCGAGUUCCUCGCUGACGUGUUGAGCCAGUCGUUUUUGACUGUCACCUCUUCGUCAGCGGCAAGCGAGUGCUCCAAUAAGACGACGGACUCUAUAAACAAUCCAGUUUUCUGCAACAUCCAAGAGUUGAUAAAGCUGUGCCUCUCGUUCUGCAGCAUGAGCGAACUGGCAAAUGAUAAGGAAUCUGAAGAUUAUUAUAUUAGGGGAUAUUCUGAUCGAUUCAACACGCUAGUAAAACAACUAAUGCAACUAUUAGUAUCUCUUCGCGAUCGACCAUGUGGAGUGUACUUAGCACGUUUGCUGAUGAGGUUGGACUACAAUCGAUGGCUGAGCGGGGAAGCUCAGCUUACUCAAUCUGUCACUAAUAUGCUGCGGUACUAAACGUACUGUGAAAUUACAUACUUUCUACGGUACUAAAAUAAGCUGCGAGCUGCGAUUUUGAAUAUCCUAUAGCCCUAAAUGGUACUAAAGUAUAUUGCAGUUUGCGGCAUUGUAUAUGCUACGGGACUAUAUGAAUAACGCUUUGGUACUAAACCUUGUAUGGUUCUAAAAUAUGCUGCGGUUGCGGCAUUAUACACACUACGGCACUAAAUAAAUAUACUUUGCUACUAGACCAGUGAAAAUACCAAGAACUACGCUACCCUCUUUAUUAUAACUAACGUAAUCGAUAUUUUUAGAAAUUGAUUUAUUAACAUAAUGUCAGGACCCGUAACAUGGCUACGCAUGAUAGUCGCGAUGCGCGCUAUUGGCCAUCUUUAUAUCUGAUUGAGACAAUAGCGCGCGCUUAUUUCAAUUUUAUCGCGCGCGUCGCGACUAUCAUGCGUAGCCAUACUACGGGGGCUGGAAUAGCUAAACGAGAUGUACAGUCCUACAAGCGGUUUUUUAUACCUUAUUUAGUUUCAGUUUUAUUGGCAAAAUCACAGAACAUUUAAAAAAUAACUAGGUGCCAAUCUCGAAAGUUUCCAAAAUGCAAAUGCAUUAGUUAUGUUGUAUGAUAAGAAGGCCAGUGCGUGUGUUAGUGUCAUAUUUAUUAAAUAACGAGGUGAUCGACUAUAAUCACUCUCCAAUGUACG